AUGAACACCUCCUCCAGCUCCCGCUCGGCGCCGCCCGCCCCGCUGGACAUCUGCCCUUCCCGCUACAGCCCCCCGGGAAGCCCCUCGUCCGAGUCUCCCAGCAGCUCUUACAAGCACAAGACCUCGGCCGCCUACUCGCCUUUCUACUCGACGAGCCCCAGCUCCUACUCUGACGCCUCGACCGCGGUCGCCGACCACCACGGCAUGUACCAGUCGCGCGCCCACCGCAAGCCGAGCACCCCGACGGGCCAGCGCAACGCCAACAGCUACUGCGGCCGCCACUCCUCCGAGUGGCUCUUUAGCGGCUGGUCCAUGCUCGGCCGCAAGGGGAGCACCUAA